AUGUCGUGGAGAACUGAUAUCCGUGCCGUGGUUGGUUUAGAUUUUGGGACCACCUAUUCGGGGUUUACUUAUUGUCAUGUUUCUGACAAACAAAAUAUAUGUACUAAUGAUACUUGGCCUGGAGAGAUGGCUCAAUUAAAAACCAAUACUGUGUUACAAUAUGACGAUAAAUUGGAAAAUAUCUCAGAAUGGGGACUUCCCGCACUAUCUAAACGUCCAAAUCGAAAGAAGAAAAAUGAUCAUGAUAACAAACCAGUAGAACUAUUUAAAUUACAUUUGGGCAAUUUACAAGACCAUCUUAAACCUAAACUUACUGUCGAAUAUAAGAAAGCAAUUACUGAUUAUCUUCGUGAAAUUGGAAAUCUGAUCAAAGAUACCGUGACGACUACUUGGCCUGGAAUCGAUUAUUACAAAAAUGUUAUGCUGGUCCUUACCGUUCCCGCCGAGUACUCUGAUAAAGCAAAAGCGAUAAUGAGAGAAUGUGCACUCAAUGCUGGUUUGCUUAGUGAUAAGCUUACAGAACAAUUACAAUUUACUACGGAACCUGAAGCUGCAGCAAUUUAUUGUAUGGAUAGCAGCUUGAAAGAACACGAUUUGGCCGUUAGCGGAACUACUUUUAUGAUCGUUGAUUGUGGAGGUGGAACUGUAGAUUUGACAACACAAAAAUUAGAAGACGAGAAACAAUUAGGCGAAAUUACGGAAAGAGCAGGAGAUUAUUGUGGGAGUACUUUUAUCGAUAAAGAGUUUGUCAAAUACUUACGAGAUAAACUUGGAAAUAAUGCCAUAGAUUUGUUAGAAGAGAAACAUUAUGGACAAAUGCAAUACAUGGUACAAGAAUUUUGUCGAAAUGUUAAAUUACCAUUCACGGGAGAUGAUGUAAAUUUUCAGUAUGAAAUGGAUCUUGAAGAAGUUUCACCCGAUUUAUUACAAUAUGUAAAAGAUGACGUUAAAGAGGCUUUGGAAAAGGUAGAAUGGUUGAUUAAGCUUGAUUAUAAGGCAAUAAAAUCAAUGUUUGAUCCCAUUGUUGAAAGAAUUUCACGUAUGAUUCGUGCACAACUCGAUAAUUCACGUGAAACGUGCUCAGCAAUGUUUUUGGUUGGAGGUUUCAGUCAAUCAAAAUAUUUACAAAAAAGAAUUAAGGAAGAAUUUAAUGAAUGCGUUGGAAAUAUUUCGGUUCCUUUAAAUCCAAUCGCUGCUAUUUCGCGUGGUGCGGCAAUCUAUGGGAUCAAUCUUCAUAAUGCGGAUAAUUACAGUCCGGACGGAAUCAAGUGCAUCAUAAGUUCUCGUGUAUUGAAAUUCACUUAUGGCAUCAAAACUGCAUCAAAAUGGAAAAAAGAUGAUCCGAAAGAAAGAAGAACUUUUGACGGACAUAUAUAUCGUUUUAGUUGUGUUGCAAAACGCGGAACUAAAACUUUAGUUGAUAAAGAAAUCGUUAUUGAUGAUCUUAUUCCUCAAUAUCCAUUCCAAACUGUUGGUAUCUUUCAAAUUUAUUACACGAGAGAAUACGAAGCAAAAUUUUGUGAUGAAGAUGGAAUGGAGUUAUUAGGAACACUUAAGAUUGACCUUCCAGAUUUGGAUCUUGGAUACAAUAGACCUGUUGCUUUUGGAUUAAAAUUUGGUAGUAUGGAAAUUACAGCGACUGCAAGAAAUGAUACAAAUGGUCAAAAUUAUCAAACUACUUUUGAAAUCGAUACUGAGAAUUAA